UCUAGUUAUAAGUGUAGAGCCAAGUCUCACUUUUCAUAACAAUCUUUACUGAUUUUUCUUAAUAGUCAAAAUCCCUUUUGUUGAGGCUGCCAAUCCCUUUGUGGUUAAAAAAAUCAAAUUAAAAAUGAUGAAGAAUGAUGAAGAAGCUUCUAGCUUUGUGGUGAAAAUGACACGUGUCAAACUGGGACUUCUCUGUGGAGUUUCUGGUCUCUUCUUGGAUUCUCUUACAGAGUUGUGAAGAUGGGAGAUCCAUUUGGUGGCAGAUUCGGAAAUUUUGGAGGGUUUAGAGGUAGCUUGUUUGGAGGAAGAGAUCCUUUUGAUGAUCCCUUCUUCACUAGGCCGUUUGAGGAUUUGCUCGAACCAAACACCUUUAGUUCAGGUGCUGCUUCCUUUAGUAAUAACAACAACAAUGGUGGGAGAGGGUUAACAAUUGAGGAGUUACCAUCUGAUGAAGAAGUAGAAGAAGAUGAAGAUGAAGGGAAAGACAUUGGAUGUGAAGAAGGACAUACUAGUUCAGAGAAUCAGCCAUCUGUUGAGCACCCUGAAGAUGAUUCUGAUGCUGAGAGGAGGAUUCAGAAUGUAAAUCAAAGGAGUAACUUCAAUGUAAGGGAGAGUGCUCAAUCUAGAGCGAAAACUUUUAGGCAUCACACCUCUAAGGUUACAUAUGGAGGCAUAGAUGGUGCUUACUAUACAUCUAGUAGAACCAGAAGAGCAGGCAGUGAUGGAGUGGUGGUUGAGGAAAGCAGAGAGGCGGAUAAGACUACGGGUGAAGCUACUCAUAGGAUCUCCAGAGGAAUCAAUGAUAAGGGACACUCGGUUACCAGGAAGCUUAACUCGAGUGGUGGUGUAGAGUCUACACAGACUCUUCACAACCUUGGUGAAGAGGAACUAAGUGGCUUUGAAGAAGCGUGGAAAGGCAACUCAUCUCUUGCUAAUCAUGAAUCCACUGGCUCUGAUCAUAGUUUUGGAGGAUGGCUUCUUCCAUCUCUGGACCAAACCGGUUCAAGCCGUUCUGCACGUGGAGAUAAGAAAGUUGUCCGCAUCAACAUUGAGUAAAAUCAUGAGAAAUGUUACAUCGUGUAUGAAGAAGUAGUCACACUACUAAAAGGGAGAUUUCCUCAAAAUCUAAGCAUGCCACGUCAUCAAAAAUAUUCAACCAAUCAGAACAUUUUAUUUUUGGGUCUGGGCUUAAAGUUUGUCUACAGUGAACUUAGGUGUGUGGGCUUCGAUUGAUUUAAGUUUGGGCUUUAUAUUUCAUUGAACUAAACCUAGAAACCUAAAAAUCUACGACGCAGAAUUGACUAGGCUCUUCUCCUCUACCACUUCGUCUUCUCCUCUUGAAACCAUAGCGACUGAGUUCUAAUCAUCCACUUCUACACAAUCAAUACUCCACAAGGUUUCGUUUCAUCUCCUUCUUUUUCUUUGAGGUCAGCCGACCAAUUCAGUAUCUAUCUUGGUCUGUGCUUCUGCUUUAAAAACUUUCCAAUGUCUUCCUUCCACCUGAACAAUAUAUCGUGUUGCAUGGUAGCUGUAUCCUAACGCGUCUGAACUGGUGAACACAUCGAAGAUAACGAAGUUUGAAACCCUCACAAUUGGUGCGAUAGUCACCUUCAUGAACAAUGAAUCCGUUCAGCACAGAGACAGUUGACGAUGUCGAAAGAAAUCCCAGAUGGUAUUACAAAGGGCCAACAUCGUUGAUGUGAGAAUGUUACCGGGGUUGUGAAGUAAUGUCACUCACACACACAGUUACACUGACGAACCUCAAUCUACUAUUCUGAUGUUGCAAAGUAUUUUUAGUUCACCAACUCCUCUCUGUUUUUUUUUGGUAAAACAUUUUCGUUACAAUUACAGGUUCCGUGCUGAGAUAUCUGUGUACAACAGUGGUGACAAAGCCAGCUUCGUACUCCUUGGAGAUGCAGGCACUGAACGUACCAGAAGACAAGCUUCUGACUUACUCGACAAUUACUUGGGAGUGAGUUAUAUAUAUCUCAGGCUAAUGGAGAGUUGGUUGGUGAGGAAGAGGUUCCAACUCCGCAUUGUUUGGUUGAUGCAAGCGGCCAGUCACACAAGUUCAGGGUCAAAGUUAUCCCAUGCAAUUUUACAUCCAAAAGGCAGACCAUCAUAGUCACCAAAGUUGUUUGUCCUGCGCUCCUUCCACCUCGGAAAACAACAGUGGACAAUCCAAGCUAGGCGCUAGAUGUGGGCCACCGCCUCUCUCCAGUCAGUGAUGCUGCUAACUCUACCGAAGGUUCAAGAAGCUUGGGAGGUUUUCUUGUGAGGCAAAUUCAUCAACCAAGGAGAGGGAGAGAAAAGCAGAGAAGGAAGACAGAUGUCCUAGGCGUAGCACCUAAUAAGACCUCCCUGCCUCCACGUACUCACUAAAUUGCCGCUUUGUGUCAUCAUUGGAACAUUUACUUCAUCUGUUGCUAUGACAAUUUUUUACUUUUGGUUGCACUUUAAUUGCUGUUGAUUGGAAGUUCCCAUCUUAAUUUCUAAAACCUUUCCUGAACUAUUAGUUUUACAUAACUCUUACUUUCCCUUA